GCUCGGCCCAAUAGUGACUCCCGCCUUGAAAAGAGGGAUCCGACCAGUUAAAGAGAGAAAUUUUCACGAAUUUGAAUGAAAAUCACAACGGUCGAAUUUCAGUAUUUGCUCUCUCAUAGCAGAAUUGCACUCUCCUUCUUGAAUUCAAUCGAAAAUGGGCACGAUUAAGCGCUCGAAAUCUUCUUCCCAACGCAAGAAUUGGGAGAAAAUCUUCAGCGCUUUGAUACGGAUGUUAGAGAAUCAACAGACACAGCUCGAAACCCUCGUUAAAGAGCGCAAACUUCUUGAAGAUCGCAUCGUGAUCCAACACGAUCGAUGGGCCUCAGAUACUCGUCUUUACGAAGAUUAUAUCUGCCAGUUGAAAGGGGAUUUGGUUUUACGAGAUAUGGAACGCUCGCUUGAGGCAUCAAAGUCAGAUUUAAACAUGAGUUUGAAGCAGAAAGAAGGUUUUCUUUGUCAAAUUAUAUCAGAACAAACGAACAGUGAGCUGCAAGAUUUCAAAGAAUUAUUUAGCCUCCUCUGUAGUAAAAUAUCCGAUCCAUCCUUGCAGGAUAUUCCUUCAAGAAGCUCAUUGAAUAGCAGAAAAUCUAUCAAAAAAACCCGACAUUCUGAAACAUUGAAUAAGGAAGUACAGAGAUUAGAAAAUGCAUACGAAAAGCUUGCAUCCGAAAGGAGUUCUGAGGUAACUGCACUUCUGGCAGAGAAGUCGUUUGUAUGGAACCAGUAUAGCAUUAUGGAGAGUGACUACAAAAGUAAACUAAGGCAAAAGCAUACAGAAGUUGAACUAGAACGUACCAAGAUAGAGAAUCUUCUUGCUAAUAUGGAACAACUUCAAUCAUUGAAUAGUGAAAAAGAUGGUACGAUCGUAGGUCUAGAAAGUAAGUUGGAAAAAAUGGAGGUUGAUUCAAGAAAAUUAAAUGAUGAAAUUUCUAGAAUCUCACAUGAGUUGGAAGUCUUGAGAAAUCAUACUGGUCCAUCGGUAACGACCGUGUUAAACCGAUGCACAACAUCGGGCUUUAAGGCCUCUGGCUCAGGAGUGAAGGAAAGGGAGAAUAAGGAUAGUGGUAGUAACAUCAAUGUGAGGAAAAAAGCAUCUUCCGCACAAGCAUCUUGUGGCAAUGGAGACUCUAGAAAGGAAGUUGGGAGUUCGAAACGAAAGAGAGAUAUUAUGUGCGAAUCACGGACCCCGAGAUUGUUUACGUCGUCUUUCAAACCUCCCAAACUGAGGAGCAGUAUGUUCGUGUAAGUUGGCACACUCUCAUAACGUAUUUGUUGAACUAUCGAGAAGGAAGCAGUCAACCAUGUAAGUGUAAGUUGUUUUUUCUGCAGAUAAUUCUUGUUAUCUGUCUGUUUAUCUCUACAAGUAAACAAGAAUUGUCAAUCACUUCUAACCAGCCUAAUAUAAACCUUUUCUUCUUUGAUAUGCCAUUUCUUCUCCAAAAUUACAUCAUGAUCAAUCUUUUUCGGCUGAGGAGGAACAUACAACAACAGGGGCCUUCAUUAUUGACAAUUCAAAGCCGAACUGUCAUAA